GACUCAUAUCCUCUUGAAUUGGUCCUUAAAAUUAUUUUUAUUUGCUUGUUAUUAGUAUGGAUUCAGAGUUGCUUUUGGUUGCUCAAUCGGGUAGCGUUGAUGCUUUAUAUUCUCUGAUUCAAAAUGAUCCAUAUAUUCUUAACAACCUCGACGUUUUACCUUUUAUCCACACGCCUCUCCAUGAAGCUUCAUCUAUCGGGAAGAUAGAUAUGGCAAUGGAACUAAUGACUCUAAAACCAUCUUUUGCUACAAAACUAAACGUGGAUGGGUUUAGUCCCUUGCAUCUGGCUGUCGAGAACCACCAUGUUGAGUUAGCACUAGAGCUAGUCAAGUUUGAUCCCAGUCUUGUUCGUGUUCGUGGAAGAGGAGGUAUGACUCCGUUGCAUCGUGUGGUACAAAUAGGUGACGUCGAUCUUCUUACAGAGUUUCUCAUGGUAUGUCCUGAGAGUCUUAGAGAUGCGAAUGCAAAUGGAGAAACUGCUAUACACCUCUCGGUAAUGAACGAAAAAUACGAAGAGCUCAAAGUUCUAGGAGGGUGGAUGCAAAGAAUGCGCAAAAGAGAUGCUUCAUCUACUGAGGUUCACGUAAUGAAUAGACGCGAUCGAGAGGGAAACACGGCCUUGCAUGUAGCGGCACACAAGAAUAAUCACCAGGCAGUAAAACAGCUGUUGAAAUGCAUGUCACUGAACCGGAACAUCCAGAACAAAAAGGGCAUGACAGCCCUUGAUGUCUUACGAGCCAAUGGAGCUGACAUGAACAUAGAGACGGUGAAAGCUAUACAAAAAGCUGGUGGUAAGAGUGCGAAUUCUCUAUCCAAAGUUAAGCCAACGUCUGUCUUCUUGAGAAAACCGGUCACUUUCUGGGAAUAUUGCUCCACGAGAAUGGCUCGUUACCGGAGCCGCAUGUCAGACGGAACUAGAAACGCUCUUCUAGUGAUUACAACUUUGAUAAUCACAGCUACUUAUCAGACCGUGGCCCAACCGCAAGAUAAACACAACUUAGAACACCUAGAUUAUGUGGAAGAAAUCAUAUUAGAGAUGGUGCUUAUAUGGGGAUUCAAUACUAUAGCCUUCUUCUCAGCUAUUGCCUUGACGUUUAUACUCUUACCAGUUGGUAGAGCAUAUACUUGGUGGUAUAUUCUCAUUUCGGGACCUCUCGUAUGUUCUUACGCAAUUUCGCUGUACGUGAAGUAUAAUCUCUCAACCGUAAUCAUCGACGUGUAUUCAAUGGUUUUGCUUGGAUUUUUCGUUUACAUACUUGUAUUCUACGUGAAGUGGAAGAGGGAUACGCAAAAGAAAGUUCCAGAACCCAAAAUCGAGCUGAUUUCCGAAGUUUGAAGACCAUGGUUUAGCAGCGUUUGUAGAAUAUUCGUUUCCCGUAAACCGUGUAUUGUUUAUAAACAUAUUACGCUGUGAUCUGUACGUCUACUCAUUUUGUAAAAUACUUUCAACUGUUUGUAUUCCUGAAUAAAUUACCUGUUUAAGGUUCAA